AUGGCGGACGCAGUACCUGCACGGCUCAAGCCGCUGCAGCUCGCGCCGUUUGCAAAGCGGGCCGCGCAGCUCGAGCGCUUCAAGCCCAUCAUCACGUACUGGUUGCGCUUCCACACGGUCAACAAGAUCAUCGCCGCGGGCUUGCACUCGGCCGACGCAGAAUGCACCGCCUACACGACCGACCUGAUGGAGAAGCUGGAGCAGGCCAAGGCAGACAUGCCUGGCGAGACGGCCCUGCUGGACGACGACGCUGCGUGCGCCUACUGCGAGCAGUUCGCCCUCCAGACCUUUGCCAAGGGCGAGAGGGAUAUGGCAGAGAACAAGGUCACGGCGACCACGGCAGACACGCUCAUGGCAGCCUCGACGUUCCUCGACCUCCUCAGCAUCUGGAGGCCGGACGACGCAGAGAUCGCUGCGAAGACCAAGUUCGCUAAGUACCACGCUCUGCGCAUACUCAAGGCUGUCAAGGCGGGCGAGGACCCCAACGCUGGCAAUCCCGUGCAAGCGCAGGAGGAACAGUCGCCGCCGCCGCCUCUGCUCGACCCGGCCGACCCUGAGGUCCAGAGCAUCAACCAGGCCUCCUCACAGCCGCCUGCUGCAAAUCCAUACCAGCAGCCAUACGUCGAGACGGCUCCCAACACUGACGCACAACCCUCACCAGCUUUCUCGGCGCCCAAGGUGUCGCCUCCACCCAGCCUACCCGUAGUGCCUACCGGCUACACGUCAAACGCACACGACGAUGUGUCUCCCAUCUCGCAGCCAGCAACAUCUCGCCAGGGAUCGGUCGUGUCCGUGGGCGGUGGCUACUUCCCAAGGACGGAUGCACCGCCGACCUUCACCUCAGACAACACUGCCCCUAGCCUGCCCACAGCACCCUCGACCGAGCACGACCCCUUGACAGCGUCCCUGGGAAGCCCAAGUGGCGCAGCGGGCGCCACACCACACGUCCCUGGUGCACCGGACCCGUCCAGCUUCUACCAGACCCCCUCGUCGCCUCCACCGGCUGCGCAGCCACCGCUGGCUCCUCCCCUGAAUCCAUUCGCAUCUCCAUCACAGCAACCGCAGCAACACUUCGCUGCGCCAUCGUCUCAACCCCCUCAGCAGCCAUACCACAUGCCCCAGGCAACUGCCCCUUCUAAGCAGUACUCCUCCGCACCAGGCCAAAACCCCUAUGCUCAGCCCGCGGCAACACCGCCCCCAGCAGCGUCGUCAUCGCAGGGACCUUUCAGAGACGACGAAGAGUCGAUUAGGGAAGCGCAGAAACAUGCCAAGUGGGCCAUCUCGGCGCUGAACUUUGACGACGCAGCGACUGCAGUCAAAGAACUGCGGAUCGCGCUGCAAGCGUUGGGCGCACAUUGA